GUAUAUGUACCAAAAUUCUUUUGUCCUAGAUCAAGAUAAGUUUGUUCGUAACUUUUGACGCGUUUUUUGGGUCGUGAUGAUAACGCUGAAUUUUCCUUAUUCUCUUUAUUUCCGUCAUUGUUUUUCUUAAAUUUUGGAAUGGUAUAUCUUUUCUUUUUUAUAUGAUGAUUACUAUUUGACCCAUCACCAAUUACUGAUGCAGGUUUAAAAAAAUCUCCAAUACAUUUUUGUUUUAUUCCAAACUUUUUUUCUUGUUUUUCAUCCUCCAUAAAAGUAGCAAAUUUGACAACAACAGGUAAUGUAGAGCCAGUUGUGACACGUCUUUUUGGUCUUAUGAAUUGUGCGCCAAUUUCAAUACACUCAUUAUUAAAUUCUAAACUGCCAGUGGUAAUGCGUUUCUCCGACUGUGCAUCAUUUACGUACUCAUUCAAUUUAGUCGUGUCUCUAAGUACUGGUUCAUUUUCAAGAAAUGAAUCACUUCGCAUAGAACCUAAAAGUGACGAUUCAGGCACAAAAUACGUAUCCUUACGUUUACCAUAAGUCACUUUCACUUCUGGUUUUCUUGCUAGUAACAUUUCUUCUUUAUCUUCGUUAUUUAAUAUUUCACAUUGUGUGAUAACGGAUACUUCUUGUGGUGGUAUCAUUAUUCUGUUUGCGUAUAAA